CCGGAAACAGCUCCAGUCGGACGGACUGAGCGGAAACCGGGCAGAAGAUGGAAACGGGUGAGGAGACGGGGCCAGAAGAGCGAACAGAGACCCACGUCGAGGGGGAGCCAGGGUCCCGGGGGAAGCCAGGGGCCCGGUUGGAGGAGUCUCUCCGCUUCCAAUGCUCCGUCUGCGGGAAGGGAUUCCAGGCUCCGUCCGCCCUGGACAUCCACCGGCGCACGCACACUGGCGAGAAGCCGUUUGAGUGCUCGGAGUGCGCCAAGCGCUUCAACACGUCCAGCAGCCUGCUGUACCACCAGCGCACGCACACCGGCCAGCAGCCCCUGCAGUGCCCGCAGUGCGCGAGGCGUUUCAACCGGCCCAGCAGUCUGCUGUACCACCAGCGGUCGCAUUCAGGGGACAGGCCUUACCCCUGCUCGGAGUGCGGCAAGCGCUUCAACACCUCGAGCGGCCUGGUCUACCACCAGCGUUCCCACGUCCUCGAGCGUCCCUACCGCUGCCCAGCGUGCGACAAGAGCUUCAAGUCGCCCGUCUACCUGUCUGUUCACCAGCGCAUCCACACGGGGCAGAAACCCUUCCAGUGCGCCCUGUGCGACAAGCGCUUCAACGCCUCGACUCACCUCUUGUAUCACCAGCGAUACCACACGGGGGAGAAGCCCUUUGGCUGCGCUCAGUGUCCGAAGAGGUUCAGCUCCUCCAGCAGCCUCCUGAAGCACAGGCGCAGCCAUCACAGCCACACACCCUUCUCCUGCUCGCUGUGCGAGCAGCGCUUUCACUCCCCCGCCUCCCUGGCUCAGCACCAGCUCUCACACGCGCACUCGCACCCCACUCUGGCACCAUUCCAGUGCUGCGUAUGCGAGCAGCGUUUCAGGCUGGCCAGGGACCUGCUGGUCCAUCACAGGGGUCACUCGACAACCCCUGGUCACUCCGCUCAAGCGGAUGUUACAGAUCUCCUGCGCAUUCGGGGAAAAGAGACCGGGGAACCUGUGGUGAGGUCAGGGAAGCACAUCGCGGAGGAGGGUCCUGACAGUGUAAAGAUCCUCAGCGCCGACAGCCGUCACACAGGAGCAGAUUACACUGUGAGGGGAAUGGAUUGUGUUGGAGGUGGAAGUCACAGGAAUCUGGGCGUCUAUUUGGAGGUUAUUGAAACUGUUCCACUCUCCGCACAGGCGGGAGGGCCCGGAGUGACUGCUGAUCGCUCAGCUCAGGGAGAGAGACCCUGCGCUCCCCCGGUGGGGCCCGACCGUGGCCUGAGGCCUACAUACAGCGGCCGGCACUCGAGCCACGGGCUCAGUAAUAUUAUCAUUAUUAUUUAUUAUUGUCUUGUUUAUUAUUGUCUUCUCGUUAUCGAAGCUGGAGCCAUGGCGUCGGAGCAGGCGGAGGUGGUGAAGGAGCAUGGGCUGGUGUCCGAGCUGUUUGUUGGCAGGCGCCGGGUAGGAGGCGGUGAGGGAGGGGGCUGCGUGAGUGUGCUGAGCGAGGCGCUGCGCUAUCGCUGCUCGGUGUGCGACAAGGGCUUCAGCGUGCCCUCCAAGCUGGAGAUCCACCAGCGCACCCACACGGGGGAGAGACCGUUCGAGUGCCCGGUGUGCGAGAAGCGUUUCAGCAUCUCCAGCCACUUGCUGCGCCACCAGAAGACGCACACGGGAGAGAAACCCUUCGAGUGCGCCGUGUGCAAGAAACGCUUCAACACCUCGAGCGACUUGGCCGUUCACCACCGCACGCACACGGGCGAGAGGCCGUUCCAGUGCAGCGUCUGCAACAAACGCUUCAACACCUCCAGCUACCUGUCCGUGCACCAACGUACGCACACGGGUGAGAGACCGUUCGCCUGCCCGGCCUGCGACAAGCGGUUCAGCACCUCGGGCGCCCUGACCAUCCACCACCGCAACCACACUGAUGAGAAGCUCUUCGAGUGCGCUGUCUGCCGCAAACGCUUCAGCACGUCCAGCCGCAUGCUGGUGCACAACCGCAUCCACACGGGUGAGAAGCCUUUCGAGUGCCAGGUCUGCAAGAAGCGUUUCAGCCGCUCAUGCAACCUGACCGACCACCGACUGACCCACACUGGGGAGAGGCCCUACGGCUGCCCGCUCUGUCACAAACGCUUCCGAACCGCCGGCACGCUCUCCGUGCACCAAGCCGUCCACUUUGGAAAGAAGCUUUGUGUUGGCGAUGGAGACGAGUGUGAAGAUAAGAACUUGCUGCUGAAAGAAGAACGAGGUCCAUCUGGUUUGCCGUCCACCACCAUCCUGGCAUGUGUGUGUGUUUGUGUGUGUGGGCGGCACUCUCUCUCACUGAAGAUGGAGGUGGGGAGUCGAGGGAAGGUGAAGGAGCAGGAGGUGGCUGGGUUGACCAGUGACGAGGCUCGCUUCCACUGCUCCGUGUGCGAUAAGCGUUUCCAUGCCCCCUCCAAGUUGGAGAUCCACCGGCGCAUCCACACGGGCGAGAAGCCCUUCGGUUGCCCCACUUGCCAGAAGCGAUUCAUCACGUCGGGCGCCCUGCGCAUCCACUACCGCGGGCACACGGGCGAGCGCCCCUUCCAGUGCCGCCUGUGCCCGAAGCGGUUCAACACCUCGAGCCACCUGUCUGUCCACAGGCGCACGCACACAGGCGAGCAGCCCUUCCCGUGCCCCGUCUGCAACAAGCGCUUCAACUCAUCCAGCAACCUCCUGGUCCACCAGCGGAUUCACACGGGCGAGAAGCCAUUCGAGUGCCCGGUCUGCGCUCAGCGCUUCACCACCUCGGGAGCCCUGACCCGGCACCACCGUACCCACACGGAGGAAAGGCCCUUCCAGUGCCCGGUGUGCGACAAACGCUUCAAUACUUCCAGCCACCUGAGCGUACACAAGCGCACGCACACGGGGGAGAAACCGUACCACUGCCCACUCUGCCACAAACGCUUCAGCUCGUCCAGCGAACUGCUGGUGCACCAGCGAUCGCACUCCGGGGAAAGGCCGUUUCCUUGCGGUCGCUGCGACAAGCGCUUCAUCACCUCGGGGGCCCUGACUCUACACCAGAGGACCCACACGGGGGAGAAGCCCUUCUCUUGCAGCCGCUGCACCAAGCGGUUCAGCACCUCGGGCGGUCUGACCAUCCACUACCGCAACCACACCGGGGAGAAGCCUUUCCAGUGCCCGCUCUGCGCCAAGCGGUUCAGUACCUCGGGCGCUCUGACCAUCCAUCACCGCAACCACACUGGGGAAAGGCCGUUCCUCUGCUCUCUCUGCGACAAACGCUUCAACUCGUCGAGCCACCUGUCCGUGCACCAGCGCACGCACUCACACUCGCAGGCUCCCACGCACACCCAGACACACUCGCACGCACACUCCCAGGCUCACACCCAGACUCACUCCCAGGCAAGUGCCCAGACACACGCACACUCCCUGACACACGCCCAAACACACACACACUCCCUGGCCAACAACCGGACUGACAACCAGACCCACUCCCAGGCCAAGUCUGCUCAGCGCGGAGCCACCCGCAAGCCCUUCGCUCGGUGCUGCCGCGGAUCAACCCGCCGGUGCCCUCACAUGGGUGACCCCGCAGCCACACCCCCAAACCCCCCCGACCCCCGAUUCCGCUCGUCCGCCACACAGACUGUGCCCGAGGGGCUGAACACCGCCGGGAAGCUUUGA